CUUGAGUUCUCGGUUUACCCGGCACCUCAAAUUUCGACUGCCGUCGUCGAGCCUUACAACUCGAUCCUCACAACACACACGACGUUAGAGCACUCAGAUUGCGCGUUCAUGGUUGACAACGAGGCUAUCUAUGACAUCUGCAGGCGUAACCUGGACAUCGACCGCCCGACAUACACCAACUUAAAUCGCUUGAUUGGCUUCAAAGUUGGAAUCAACUACCAACCGCCGACUGUUGUGCCUGGUGGUGAUCUGGCCAAGGUGCAGCGUGCGGUCUGCAUGCUGAGCAACACUACGGCAAUUGCGGAGGCCUGGGCUCGCCUUGAUCACAAGUUCGAUCUGAUGUAUGCCAAGCGUGCUUUCGUACAUUGGUACGUUGGCGAGGGCAUGGAGGAGGGCGAGUUCUCAGAGGCUCGUGAGGACUUGGCUGCUCUCGAGAAGGAUUAUGAGGAAGUCGGCAUUGAUAGUGUCGAGGGUGAAGGGGAAGAAGGCGAGGAGUAUUAG